CGUCACACAAUCAUAUACGUGCUCAACCAGAAAUCCAUACUCUGCGUGUCCAUCGGUAAUGAAUGCAACCUCUUUCUGGCAUCAGUGCAUUCUAGUGAACGCCGCCAUGGCCGACGCCGCUCAGCUCAAGGCCGACGCUCUCAUGGAGCAAAUGAAGCUUCACCUCGCCUCCGACGCCGGGAAGGAACUCACCAAGAAAAUCGGCCUCGUUUACCAGCUCAACGUCGCUCCUAAGAAGCUUGGAUUUAAUGAGAAGAUUUAUGUUGUUGAUCUGAAGAAAGGGGAGGUUAAAGAAGGGAAAUAUGAGGAUGGGAAGCCUGAUGCAACCUUUUCCUUUACUGAUGAUGAUUUUCUUAAAAUUGCUAUGGGGAAGAUGAACCCCCAAAUUGCUUUUAUGAGGGGUGCUAUAAGGAUCAAGGGAAGCAUCAGUGCAGCUCAAAAAUUCACACCAGAUAUAUUCCCAAAGCCAUCUAAGAUGUGAGCAGGGAAGGAUCCUUUAGAAUUAAAAAAAGAUUUGAAUUUGUCCAUCUUUUAUCUCAUAUCAGAUAAGAAUCCUUGUUCCUGUCUAAUGUGAUAUGGUACUUGUGGCAUUUGAUAACUUAUUCAAUAUAACAGUUCAUAUUUUACUUUGUGUUUCA